AUGAUAUUCGACGGGAACCAGAUUCCCGAGACAUUCACCUGGAGCCAGACUCCGGAAGCACUCGCCUGUAAUCAGACUCCGGCAAUACCCGACUCCAACGAUGCUGCAGAGUUCUUCGGCGAGGAGCCGCAAAACUCGGCAUGGAUCAGGGAGGAAUUUCCCUUCGACGAGGACCAGUCAAUGCAACGAGGAGGACUAGAUGAGGCACAGGAAGGAGAACACAGCAUUGCUAGAUGA